AUGGAUAUAGGUAUAGGUAUAGUAGAAUCUUUUCUUCCAUUCCCAGCGGGUCUCCUUGUUGAAGACGUAUUUAAAGCUACGGACCCUGGUAAACAAACUCCUCCACCCAAAGAAGCUGGAGGUGAUUAUGUACCCAAUCCAUCUUUACCCAAAAAGGCACCCGAGCUUAAAGAUGCCAAGUUCUUUGUAAAGUAUAAGAAAAAAUCAGACGAGAUCUUUAAUGAUGAGAAACGUCCGGUCCCUCCUUUACCAGGAAAGGCUACCGGAACUGCCAAGCAACUACCAGACUUUGUACCCAAGAGUCCAGCUGUUUCCAAGAUUGCCUCACCCAAACCAGUCGACAUAUUGCCACCACCAAACCCCGCAUUCGUAAUGCCUCCAUUUAAUCCUGAUCGCGUUUUGACAGACGAAGAAGGUUUAAAUAUAAUCCUACACUUUUCUGUUUUUGAAGAUGGAAAGAAUAUUGUUGCAGAAAAUGCAAACAAAUACUUUUUAGAAAAUGUAUUAUUGUAUAGUGACCCAAACAAUGAAAUCUUAAAAUUGUUUGGUAUUACUAGACCGGUUUUGACUCAACGUCGUUUGGAUAUUUGUGAUGAGAUUCAUGUUCAGAAAUGGUAUUCCUAUUACUCUUUCUUUUACCUUCCAUUGAUGGUUGCCAAUGGAAAUUACUCUGUCUCUAAAAAGAUUAAUGCUGAUCUUUGCAAGGAAAGAAUCCAUUUCCUUGAAACCAGUACAACUAGCAAUAAUACCUAUGCACAUCAAAGAAUGUUAUUGUUUAAAUACGCAUUUUGUGAAAAGAAUCAAUGGAUGCAAAAAUUCCAAAAGAAUGCUCAACGUUGGCUUCCUUUGUACAUGCAAGAGCUAAAAGAUGAAUUCAACUUGGCCAAACACACCAAAAUGAAUACGGAAAGAACCACCGAACAAUUCCAAGCUUUCAUUGUCAAUGCCAAGGCUAUUCUGGAUAUCUUUGAUCCCACCGGAGAGACAUCCAAGAAUAUGAUCAAUAUCAUUAUUGGGUCAUCGAUCUUUGUCACUAUUGACCAAAAGAAUUCCAUCAAGGAUACCCCAACCAAUCGUCAGAUCAUAAAGGACACUAUCCAAGCUAUUAUCAACCAGGUAAAUAGCUGUCAACAGGUAGAUGCGGAUGACAUUGAUCAAAUUACGAUAGGCAAAGAUUUAAUCGCGGUGAUGGGAGGAAGUGCAGGAGCUGUAUCUAACCUUCAAAAGGCUAUCCUAGCCACCCAAUUCGAGAGUAUAGAUGGUCCAGACCUCUCCAAGGGUUACGAACAAUAUUUCAAGGACAUUGGAGCACGUAUUAUGAACAAAAUGCAAUUCAAUGUUGCAGAAAAGAGAGACAAAUUCUUUAAAUGGUUGGGUAGAGCUUUCAAGACAUGUCAGAUUGGUGUUAUCAUUUAUUCAGUUUACAAUUGGGACAAGUUGGACACUUAUAACAAGGCCUAUUUCUUGGCAGAUAUUGUUAAUAUAGGGCUUGAUUUGGGGUCGGCUACCAAGGUGGUUCCAAAGGCUUUCAAGACUAUCGGUCAACUCAUUGGAGUUGGAUUAAACAAAGUACCCUAUAAAGACAAGGUUCUCGGUAUCUUGGAAGGUGCAUUUACCACCGAUUUGGCCGAAUUUGUUUCGACAAGAUUCAGUCCAUUCCUAAUCGCAGUGAGUGCCUUGAAAAGUGUUUACGAUUGCGUGCAAGAUGCUCAGGCUCAAAAUAUGGGAGCAUUGGUGUUGGAUGUUGCCAGUGCUGGUAUUGGAAUCGGAGUUGCAUUGGCAAUCUUUGGAGGGUGCUGUUGUACUGGCCCCUUAGCUCUCUUUGCUGGUGCAGUCUUGUUGACAUUAGCAAGUAUCAAAUAUAUAUUCUUCAAUCCUUCAAACGAUGAAAUCUUCUUUGACAAGCUAUAUGAUGGCUUGAAACUCUAA